AUGGCUUCCGAGAGCAAGCGCCAGAGCUCAGCUCCCAAAGUAGCUGUCGCACUACCAAAGACAGACGGCACGCAGUCACCGGCACAGAUGGUGUCGCAGGAGGCCGCCUUGCAUGCUGCCAUAGGGUCAAGGGUACGCGUAAGUACUGCUGCUCCCAACCAGUCCACUGUUGAAGGCACAAUCUAUGUUGCCGAUGCGACCACGAACCUUCUCGUUGUCAAUGUUUCUCCAGCUCAGAAUACUGCCAUAUCAGCCUCGACACUUCAUGCCCCCAGCGGCUCCUACAGAAUAAUACCUAUCUCUCAGAUAUCUUCCUUCCAGCUUCAAGCGCUUCCUCCAGCACAGAUGAGUAACCUUGAGUUGUCACCACAACGAAAUACCCUUGAUACUGCAGCCCUACAAUCACGCCUAAAUCGAGAAGUCACAAAAUUACAGACUGCACAGUCACGGCAGGGACCUAAAGGGACCAGCCCAGCCGAACAAGCACUCUUCGAUAGUUUCAGUCGAACUAUGCCCACGCAGUGGCACGGCAACGCUAUGAUUGUGUCUGAGACUUUCAUUAUCGAGAAGCCCUACCAGCCUACAAAUGUUAGAUUGAUGGACGGUGCAAGUGGAGACAUUGAUCGGAUGAAACGUGUGCUCGAUAUGGAGCGGAACAAGAUAGCCCUUAAGUUUGGAAAGCAACAAAUCGAUAACAGGCUGGGAGAGUCUCCAACGUCUGCUGGCAGAAACAACCUCAAGAAAGGCGGAUAG